AUGAUAUCUGAAUUCAUACGACCUACCAUCCCAUUAAUUCCGGGAUUUACGAAAUUGCCUCCUCUUGAUCAAGUUGAGGGACGCUUCAUUGUUCCUCCCAUUCUAGUCUUUCGCCUUGAUGCGCCAGAUGCGCGGGAUGCGAUCAUUCAAGACCUGCGAGAUGGGUUAGCAGCUACUAUCGAGGAGAUUCCAUUCAUCGCUGCAGAUGUCGUGCCUGACGAGGUGGAGCGUGGAACCAUAAAGCUGGAGACCGGAGAAGAUGCUGGCGUAUGGUUACACAUCCAUGAGUUGCCGGAAAUCGAAUUCGACAAUCUUGAGCGUCGACAUUUUGCGCCUCUCAACUUCCCAGUCCUUGAGCUAAUGCCCGAACCAAGAAAGCAUGACUGGCAGCGAAGCCCUGUUUUGACUAUCCAGGCAACCUUCAUCACAGGUGGUCUCCUACUGGUCUUCAACUCACAUCACUCAGUGAUGGAUGGUAGGGGAAUGUCCGUGUUCGGAAAGACGUGGGCAAAGCAUGUCGGAGCCGUGUCCGAAGGGCGGCAUGCACCGAGAGCUUUGGCACAAAUCGAUCGCAUUCAGGCAUUUGGUUUCGGGAGCAUGCGCCGCUGCAUGCAGUUGAGUGACUUUCCGAGCUAUCGCAUAACAAAGCAAGAAUGGCGAUCUGCGUUGCAGCGGGAGCUGUUGGAGACCGCAUUAGCUCGUGAUACGAGUCAUCCCAAGUUCGAACUUCUUCAGCAGUUACAUCUAUCCUACUGGACCAUUUCACGAAAAUCGUUGUUAGCGAUUAAACAAGCUGCAGUCCAGUCCGACGCAAGCGGCCCCCUUUUGACGGAUAGCGCUGUUAUCAGCGCUCUUCUUUGGCGCCACAUCACUCGAGCUCGGCAGCUAUCUCGUCGGGGUGUUCGAGCAACGUGCUUGCUGAAUGUCGUCAACGUUUGUAGGAGGUUGAAUCCACCUUUGCCACUUGACUACCCUGGAAACGCACUUGCCCACGCAAAGACGUCCGCAACACCCACAGAAGUGGAGUCAGAAAAGCCUUUGUAUGAACUAGCUCGCCAAGUGAACGACUCGAUCGACUGGUGGACGUCGGAGAGGAUUUGGGGUCUCAUUGGAGCCAUUGACGCAACUCCACACGUUGGAAAGGUCGAACCUGCAAUGGAUAACUUUCAAGGGCCGGACCUGGAGAUCACCAACAGUGGGUCAUUCGGCGAUUUGCUGCACUUGGAGUGGAGUUCAGAUUUAGGAAAAGCAGUCUGCUUGAGGUUUCCGUAUGUGCCAAUCUACGACGGUUGGGUGAAUGUCCUGCCUUCGAGUGAUGAUAGUCCAGUAGAACUGCUUAUAGCGCUAGACAAAACCACUGUAGCUCGCCUCCGUGAAGAUAAAGAUUGGGCCAGCUUUGCUACAGAGUACGAAUAA